AUGGUACGGCACGGAGCAACGUUGGCCCUGUGUCGAUUUGUGGCUCUCAUUGCCUGCUUAUUCGCUUUGCCGUUAACUCAACAUGGUCGUCACAGUUCGCGGUCUAUUGACACAUUAUUAAUGUCGGAGAGACGAGAAAAUGAGUUGCAUCCACUAUUAAAAGACCUAUCACCCAAAAAAGCUGAAUAUUACGGACUGAAGGUCAUGACAGUUCAACGGGAUGUACCAUCAGAGGUUAGUGAACGGAGAAUCACAUGGCCGGGCAGGACAGAAGAAAAGGAUGUCAUCCAAACAUGCGAUCAAUACAACGCUCCUGGUCGCUAUAUGAUCUAUUGCAGUGGUAAAUUACUGCAAGCCGUGAUGGCCACUAAACUCUACGAUGACUCGAAGACGUUCGUCGACCAGCCAAUCAAGGAGGGACGAACGGGAAGUCAGGUGAUCAGCGAUUUCGAGCAACAGUUCCCGCAACCCGUUUCGGAGAUCUCCAGAGAAGAUGUAAAGAGAUUCGUAGACGAAAAUUUCGAUCGAGAGGGACAAGAACUCACGAGCUGUGCACUUCCCGACUGGACAAGAUACCCGUCAAAAUUCAAAGGGAUCAAAGACAACAAUUUACGGUUGUUCGCACUUAAUCUGAAUGGGAUUUGGAAAGAACUUUGCCGCGAGAUCAAAUCCGCUGUUAAAGAAUCCCCGGAGCGAUUCUCACUUCUCUAUGUCCCACAUCCAUUCGUUGUGCCCGGAGGACGCUUUCGCGAGUUCUACUAUUGGGAUGCUUAUUGGAUUGUAAAAGGUCUGCUCGCGUCAGGAAUGAUGGAGACCACGAAGAGCAUGAUUUUGAACUUCGCCUACAUCGUCGAAACCUACGGAUUCAUACCUAACGGUGGUCGAGUCUAUUAUCUAAGACGAUCACAACCACCGCUAUUCAUACCGAUGGUAUACGAGUACUACUUGGCUACGAGAGACAAGAACUUCCUUCGAGAAAUGCUUCCGGUCAUGGAAAAGGAGUUGCAAUUCUGGCAAAAGAAUCGCACCGUAGCCCUUGAAGUCGACGGGGAGUCGACCAUGAUGUAUCAGUACAGAACCCCGUCCACGGUGCCAAGGUGA